CAAAUUACAUGAUCGGACAUUCCGUUGGUGAGCUGGGUUGUGCUUACGCAGAUGGUUGCUUUACUGCUGAGGAAAUGAUUUUAAGUGCUCUCUCCCGAGGUUUGGCUUCGGUAAAAAGUGACUUGAUACACGGAACGAUGGCUGCAGUUGGUCUUGGUUACAAACAGAUUAAAGAUCUUAUACCCGAAGACAUUGACGUUGCAUGUCAUAACGGAUCAGAAAGCUCUACGAUAAGUGGACCUACCGAAUCUAUAAAUUCUUUUGUGAAAGAAUUACAGAAAAAAGGAAUAUUUGCUAAAACCGUGCCAACUGGUAAUAUUGCUUAUCAUAGUCGUUACAUUGCCCCAGCUGGUUCAAAAUUGUUGGAAUACUUAGAAAAAGUCAUCUCUCAACCAAAACAUCGCAGUAAACGUUGGAUAUGCACGUCUAUUCCGAAAAACGAAUGGCAUUCAAUGAAAGCUCAAAUUUCUUCAGCGGAAUAUCAUACAAAUAAUCUGCUUUCUCCUGUUUUAUUUGAAGAAGUAUUACCAAUGAUACCAAAAAACGCAAUAACRAUUGAAAUUUCAACCCAUGGACGUCUACAGUCAGGGACGCCCUAUCCGAGAACUCCUUAUCCUGUUUCUAGAGAAACCCCAUUAAUUUCUUCUCUUGUCCGAUGGGAGCACAGCUUUGAUUGGCACGUGGAAGGUGRYAAAUYGCKGGAAACUCAACAAACUGAGGAACUGAUUGAUUUGAAAUCAGAUCAAUACAAGUUUUUACGAAAUUUUAAAAUUAACGAAUCUUACAAUAUUAUUAACGGACUUUCUACAUCGUACUCGAAUGGAACACUUAAAUGGAGCAGUGAUUGGAGGUUAUUACUAGAUGGAUUAAUUCAAGUGCAUAUUAUUAGCAAUGAAAGUAAAAGUAUUUUCAUACCGAGUAGGAUACAAAAACUCGUCAUUGACAUGGCACAAUUAACAGAAAAAAUUAAAGAAACCAAUGCAUUACCGAUGAAGUUUGACAAACGGGUAAACGUAAUAGCUUGCCCCGGAAUUGAAAUGAGUGGAAUUCAGUUUAAAGAAAUAAUAUUUAAAAACAGGAAUGGGAAAAUUGUUGCUGAUGAGCUCCGAUUUAUCCAGAAUAUCAAUGAAACAAAUAUGAAUAYCAGCGACAUAUUAAACGUUGUAAUAGGAUUAAUUUCAAAAAAUAGUAGCAGAAGCAGUGACAUAAAGAUAUUGUUAACGAAUGAGUCCAAAAACAAAUAUGAAAAUAUUUUGGAAUUUCUCAAUAAUAUUAUGCAGCGGACGAGGAAAAACCUUAUUAUAAAAUUAAUUACUAGAGAGUUGCUUUACCAGACAUUAAAUGAAAAUUUUAUUUUGACGAUUAUAAAUAACGCGCAUUAUAACGAUGUAAGAAAAUUUAUUAGCACUCUCGGUAAAGAAUCAUAUUUAUUWACAAUCGUUGAAACAAAAGAGGAAUAUAAUGCGAUUUCKAUAUUGACAAGKGKGGGAUUAAACGUCGUCCUAAGGAUAAAAAUUGCAAACUAUCGUACAGCUCUACUUUUACAUAAAGAAAAAAACGUAGGAAAAACUGUUGUCGUUUAUAGCCAAGAAAACUGUUUGGAUCAGUURAGAAUCUGUUUACGAGACUUGAAAUAUGACAAUGUUAUAUUUGUGGUUAACACUAUUAUCGAUAAUGAUAUAUUUAAGAUACUUCAAAAUAUAAAACAAGAACCGGGGUAUAAAAAACUCCAAAUUUCUGAUCUACAAGAUGAAAAAGCUCCGAAAUUUUCCCUUCAAAAUGAGUUCUACGAACCACAGAUAAAACUUAAUCUUCGUGAAAAUGUGUUAGCGCCAAAUAGGGUAUGGGGUACAUACAGAUGGAUGCCGUUGCAAGCAAAGUCUACUUCUCCUUCGCGUUGGCAAGCUMAAAUUGAUAAAUCAGGCUCAUUAGUAAGGGUGGAAGAGUUGCCAUUGAAUAAAGAAAAAAAUAAAAGGAUUGUAAAAGGAGAAUAUGCUUCAUUUGACUUAAAUGUUUAUAAAUACUGGUUAAAAAAUGACGUGAGCUUAGAAUCACAGAUAUCUUUUACAGAAUAUGCAGGAAGAGAUGAAAAAUGUCUUAGAGUAAUGGGACUUGUUGAUAAUUUAACUAUAAGUGAUGAAAUUUUACCUGAUUCAGAWUUCACUUGGAUUAUUCCUGAAACUUUAAGCUUUGAGGAAGCUGCAACGAUUCUUCAUGCAUAA